AUGUUAAGAAGAAAAUCUCAUCAUCUCAGUUCGAUCGUUAUUCCUAACGAAUUAAAGCAGUAUCAAAAUGUUAUUGACUUACUUUGGAAUGAUAAGUUAAGAUAUAAAGAUGUCGACAAAAUUGUUAAUCAACUAGCUCAAUUUUAUACAAAUGGCACAAUAACUCUUGACUUCAUCAAUAAUAUGAUUCAUAUUUUAAUAUAUUUUCAUACAAAGAAUGAACACUUGGCAUAUGUAAUCGCAUCGAAAUUUUACCAGAAAACAUCAACAAAUUUUGAUUUUUUCAGAUAUCUUAAACCAGAAUCAUAUGGUUCUAUUGAUGAUAUUUUAAUCGACGAUAAUCUUGAAAAAUUGAAAAACUCUGAGAUACACUCUAAUCUUACAAACCGAGCAGCAUAUUUUGGGGCAGUUAAAUGCUUCAAGCAUUUUGCGAAUGUUUUCCAGACUACCUUUGACAAAGAAACAAUGAAAUUAGCAAUAAAAGGCGGAAACAGUGAAAUCAUAAAGAUGGUUUCAGACAAAGUAGAAAUCGCCACAAAGAAAAAUUUAAAAAUUGCGAUUGUUUGCCAUCGAAACAAUAUUGUUGAAGGAAAAUUAGAAAGAAAUUUUGAUUUAUUUCGAGAUAUUUUAACAAUGACACAUCUUUAUAACAUGAAUUAUCAAGUUUUUCUCUUUGCAAUAUAUAAUAGGAUAUAUAACGAUGCUGGUUGGUGCUUUCAUUAUGAUAUUACCUUAGUUAAUGUAUAUCCAAUUCCAUUCUUUCAAUACAUAAUUUCAAUUGGAUAUCGUGUUGAUUUCUGCUUUUGGCAUUUCGAGGAAUCAUUUAACCUUCUUUUUGAAGCUCUGAAGAAUAAGAAAUUCGAAUUAGCUAGAUUUCUUGUUGAAAAUGGCGCCAAUGUGAAUACUGCACUAUUUUUAAGUAAUGGAUCAACACCGGGUGAAACAUGUACUCCUCUCAAAUAUGCCAUCGAAUAUAAUGAUAUCGCCUUAGCAAAAUUUUUCUUAGACCAUGGCGCUGAUAAGAAUCAAGAUAUAUUUUUCAUGAUGGACUGUCAAACCAUCAUAAAGAGAGCUGUUGAUUAUGCAGUAAGUGAUGAAAUGAAAUCAUUUAUAAAUGAUUAUGAACCCAUAAGGAGUCACUCCAUAUAUUGCAUUAUAUUGUAA